UUAUUUUCUUUCGGCAUUUAAUAUACAUGCACGCCUUAAAGCCCAAAAGCCCAAAACCAGAGUGUUUUCGUUAUCGCUAACUUCCUAAGUUCCUAAUAGAGUCUCCAAUUGCCUCGCGCUACUUCUCACUCUCACGCGCGGGCGUUCGGAGAUUCACGCGCCACCAUGUCUGCCCCACCGACACUCCCCCAAUCCACCAACACAGCCGCCGCAGGCGCUGCAUCUCAGCCUCCCAUAGCCACGCCUGCUUUCCGCUCCUUCAUCUCCCGCCUGUCAUCCUCUCUCCGCCAAGGCUUCUCCCAGCGCCGUCCGUGGACGGAGCUCGCCGAUCGAUCCUCCUUCUCGAAACCGGAAUCCCUAACUGAAGCGUACUCAAGGAUCCGCAAGAACUUCAACUACUUCCGCGUUAACUAUGUAACCCUAAUCGUGUUCGCGCUCGCGGUUUCGCUCAUCACGCAUCCGUUUUCGCUUCUCGUCCUCCUCGGACUCCUCGCGUCGUGGUGCUUCCUUUACCUCUUCCGCCCCGCAGACCAGCCGGUGAUUCUCUAUGGCCGCACCUUCAACGACAAGGAAACCCUAGGACUCCUCACCGCGCUCACCAUCUUCGUCGUGUUCCUCACCAGCGUCGGGUCGCUCUUGAUCUCGGCGUCAAUGGUUGGAUUGGCCAUCGUGUGUGCUCACGGCGCGUUUAGAAUGCCGGAAGAUCUGUUUCUCGACGAACAGGAGCCAGGAUCUACCGGACUUCUUUCGUUCCUCGGUGGCGCCGCCACUUCCGCCGCCGCUCCGGUAGUUUCGCGGGUGUAGAGUUUCGGGGAAUCUACAAAGGUUCGCCGCUGGAUCGACGGUUCGUGUCAGUGGUGUUGUAUUAUGGUGACUUGGGGAAAAAAUCGUAAUGUGCCGGAUUCUUUUUUGACUUGCGAAUUGCAUAGGGUUUAGUUAUGUGACUUUUUUUUGUUUUAUUAUCAAGAGAUUGUUCUUCAAUAUUAAAUCAAUGCAGUUUAGUCACCAAUUUAUUUUUGCUA